UACUGUCAGUUGAUGGAAUGAUGAGUAGAAAAUGGAAGGAGCAUGUGAAAAGUUAAGAAAUAUUACUGAAAUGCCGCAAAAGUCGAGGUAUUCAGAAUGGGAGGGUGCAUAGGAAUUAGCCGAUCGAGGAGCGAUGGGGCAGAUGACAAUACAGGAAAUGUUACUAGGCCAAAUUCAGGAAGUACACGAAAAAAUCACCCUUUGUGCCAUGAAACUAUCCGCUGGAAGUCAGACGUGCCAUUGACCGAAGGCCAGCUGCGUAGUAAGAGGGAUGAGUUCUGGGACACAGCACCAGCUUUCGAUGGACGAAAAGAAAUUUGGGAUGCUUUACGUGCUGCAGCGGUAGCAGCAGAAGCUGUCGAUUUUGGACUUGCACAGGCCAUUCUAGAUGGGGCAAACAUAUCAGUUCCUAAUGGUUUCCUGACAGAAUGCUAUGAUGAGUUGGGUACUCGUUAUCAAGUGCCUGUUUACUGUCUGUCCUAUCCCAUCAACAUCGUAAAAGAAGACAGUGGAAGAGAUUCUCCAGCUGAAUGCUCAGAACCAGUAGAUGGUGGAACAGAAAUGGUAUUAAAGCUCCGAUUGUCUUCAACAUGUAUGGAUGUAAAAUUACCAGUGUCUACUAAGGACACCAUAGGAAUGGCAAAAAAGAAACUGCAGAGUCAAGAAGGAUUAGAACCAUCUAGGCAGAGGUGGUUUUUUGGUGGAAAGUUGCUUGGAGAUAAGCUGCGUGUUGAAGAAGCAAAGAUAAUGCCUGGUUACGUGGUGCAAGUGAUAGUGAAUCAUGAUCAGAUGUCAAGAGUGGAAAGCUGAACUGUAAAUAAUAAGGACAUUAUAUGUAACAUGGUGUAUUUUAAUACAAAGCAUGAACAUUGAACAUUGUUAGAAGUGGUACAGGCUUCAUUGUUUCAAAUAUACAGUGGAAAUUUAAUGAGGUAUAACGGUGUUUUAUCUAACCAGAAAACGGGUGUGCAUUAAUUACUAAUCAUGUUUUGUUUCUGUACUUCCAUUUUUCUGUUCUGCUAUAUGAUUGGAGAAAGACUGAGUACAUGAGUGGAUUUAUAUUAUGUUAGAAUGGAAAUAUGCUACAGUGACACAGUUUACCUGUGACAGUGAAUUAGAUUUGACAUUUUUCAUUCACACUACAUGCAGUAUACCUACACAAUACUCAAGAUUAUUUACACAGUUAAUUAUUACUAUAAUUUAGAAGCAUCCUAAUGUGAAAAUUCAGUACCUUGAGAUGCAAGUUACAAAGAGACUAAAGUUUUAUGCAUAUCGAGUGUUUAUAAACUGCAUGGAGGUGACAUUUGUUACAACAUUUUUAAGCAAUUUGUAACACUAUAUCAAGGCCGAGUCUUACUGGGGUAGGAGGGGGUGACUGCUCAAAGCUGUUGGCUCCUAUGAAUAUACAGGGGCAGUGUGUAUAUUUUCAUUCCAAAGGUUCAGUCAAUUUUGCAGACUGGCAUUUAACCAGACUGUCCACUACAAGCUGUGUACUUCUGAAAAUAUUUUUGUUUGACUAAAAUGUUUCACUUAUACUUAGCUUACAUUACUGUGUGUUUAAAAGCUUGCAGCCACAUUUGGAUUUAUUAAGUACUGAAGGAUUACUGGCUGAUAUAAAGACAGGUACUGUAAGAAAAGUGUUACUUCUAAAUAUAGUUAUAGUAAUACUGACUCAUCAUUCAUAUCUUUUUGUAAUUGAAGUUUAUUUGAAAUGGUUCUAUCAGUAAGUUGAAGUCUGAAAAUAUCUGAUAUUUUAAUAUCACUGUAAGUCAUUUAAAACUUUUUUUUUAUUAUUAUUUUAAAAUGGUGAACUAGUGCCAAUUUGUCAAAAGCAAUAAUUUCUUACAUGGUUUUAUAUACACUGUGAACUGAAAAUACUGUGUUGUAAGCUGUUCAGUACAAGCGUCACAGCAUCAUGUUACUUUACACAUGUCCACUAUGGUUGCAGAUUAUUUUGUAUAUAAUUAAGGAGUCAGAGUGUUACUAGCUAUUUUGUUUUGAUGCCAGGAAAUGUGUAAGUAACAUAAUUUUCUGAUCUAAAAGCAAGAUGAUUCAGGCAUUGUUUAGUACACACUUGUUCAAGUAACUAUGGGAUCUCAUCAAUAGUAGGUUUGCCAUAUCACAAACAUUAAAAAUGUUGGUUUCAUGUAUUGACACUGUAAAUCAGGAACUUAACAUCAGCUGCUGCAUGGGUAUUCCAGUGUACAUAGUGUACAGAUAGAUGUAUGAAAUGAGAUUCUUUUUUGUGAAUGCACAACAUUCAUCAAACAGUAGGUGAAACUACCUCAGAAUGUAAAAAUAGUAUACAAAAUUAUUGUAGAAAAUUAUGUGUUCCAAGAAACUUUUUCUUUCUACUUGAUAUCAUUCAAAUGCAAUAUGUAUAAACUGCUGCUUUGUUUAUCUGUACAGACAAAGUAGUGUUAUGUGGUACAUUAAAUUAGCUCUAAAUCAAGGUAUAACAGAAUCAUGUGCUUUGUUUUCCUGUCAGUUCCUCAGACUCUGAAAAGUACAUAACUUGCUACAGAAGUUCAUGUGGCAGACAAGUAUGCAAGAUGCAAGAUAAAAUAUUGAGGUAAACAUGACUUUUGCAUUAGAACAGAGAAAACUGUUAAUUUUAAAAAGAAAAUUGAUAUUUUAGCUCCUGUCAUCUAGAAGCAGCAUAUAAUGUAAAUGAGAAAAACAAGACAAGUUUUGUUCAAAGACUUGCCAAGGCCCAUAGACACACAAAUUCUAUACUCAUUAUGAACUUGUUACUAGAAAAUCCUGUUUGCUAUUCCUUGGUAUGGGCAAUGGUGUUAAUUAUUCUAUUUUGUAUUUUCUGUGUCUAAUUAGUAGACAGUCUGUUGAGAGCCAAAGCUAAUAUUCUGAAUAACCACCUCAUUAGAUGAACUGAAAAGGUCAAUUUACAGCACUACUGUAACAAGUCAUUGCAAUGCUGACUAAUCUUAUGCAAGUUUUUGCUCAUAGACUUUACACUAUAUAUAUUUUUUUUAAUUUAUGUUUAUGUAAAUAAUAUUGUCUUGGGAUAGAUAUAUUGUAGGCCUUGUCACUAAGUGAUAAAAAUCCCAUGAGUGAUAUUUUGGGAUUUCCAUGUAAAGAAAGGGUUAUUUCACAUUUCAAAAGGUGCCAACAGAUUAAACAAUUAUAUGCACAUGAAAAGAUAUAUGGAAGUCUGAAGUUAACAAUACUCUAUUGUGAUAAGUGAAGUCACGGAUAAGUAUAUAUAGCCAAGUUUUGUUUUAUGAUAAAUGAAGUUGUUACAAAUUAAAUUUUGAAACUUUUUAUGGGUGUCAAAGAUUGACAUGUAGCACAUAACUUAGAGGAUUUUCACAUGUAUGAAUCUGACAAGUGACUGUUACGUAUUGUGUGAAAUAGUACUUAACAUAUUAAGGAAAAUGUUAAAUUAACAAAUUUAAACUAUAUUGUGCACUGUAUUUGUGAAUUUGCCUUCAGCACUUGGAAUAAGUGUGAGGUAUUGUAAAAAAUAUGGUCACUUUUGGAAGAAAUCAAAAUAAAAUUACAGUAACAAUUCUU